AUGGAGAAAAGCUUAUCGGGAGAGAAAGGUGAUGUAUCCGAAGAAGCGACUACAGAGGUGGACAAAGACAAGAUAAGCAAACUUUAUGACUCUCUGAUAUUGAAGAUUCUAUCGAACCUUCGGACAAAGGAGGUUGUUAAAACAAGUGCCGUGUCCAAGAGGUGGGAGGGCUUAUGGCUUUCGAGUUCUGGGUUAGAUCUGAAUACUAAUGAGUUCCCAGAUUACGACACCUUUGUGAGUUUUGUCAAUAGGGUCCUAGAUUUCUUAAGGGAGCACAACUUGGGCUUGGAAAAGCUCAAGCUAAGUAUUCCUGAGAAGGGUACUGGUUUCCCAGGUCGCAUAGACUAUGUGGAUGUGGAAACGUCACCUUAG